CAGAAGCCGCAGUCACCCACACUGACGGCUAGGAGAGCAGCGGGGAAGAGCUCCGUCUGCUAGUCAGCUCCUCCGCUUCAGGGACGCCACUAACACCGCGUUCAGCCGCCAUGGCCUUCAUCCUCAUGAAGAAGAAGAGGUUUAAGUUCAAAAUAGACUUUGAUUUAGAGGAGCUGUCGUCGGUUCCCUUCGUGAACGGAGUUCUAUUUUGUAAAGUGAGACUCUUGGACGGAGGCUUUGCCCAGGAGUCGUCUCGAGAGUCCGUCCAAGCCAACUGCGUGCACUGGAGGAAGAGGUUCUCCUUCGUUUGUAAGAUGAGCGCCAACGCAGGGACCGGGGUGCUGGACCCCUGCGUGUGCCGAGUGUCCGUGCGAAAGGAAUUGAAAGGGGGGAAAUCUUUUGCAAAGCUCGGUUUUGCUGACUUGAACUUAUCGGAGUUCGCUGGCUCUGGCAGCACGGUCCGGCGGUGUCUGCUGGAGGGCUACGACACGAAAAACACCAGACAAGACAACUCUAUUCUCAAGGUGGUUAUUUCUACGCAGCUAAUGUCUGGAGACCCCUGCUUUAAAACUCCACCGUCUACAGCCAUGACUCUGAGAAUCCCACCGCCUGAGGCAGCGGGUCUCCUCGAGGACAGAAAAGGAGGAGACAUGUCUACAUCACGCUCAGUCACUGCAACUCCAACAAAGUCGGCAUCAGUCCCAGAUGAGCUGAUUGCGUUCAGCAGCUCCAGAACAUCCAGCUACGCAAGUCAGCUCUCAAAAAUUUCAGGUUAUAGCUCACACCAUUCAAGUUCAACAGAUCUGAGCCACAGGCGAAGUGGUUCAGGAGGCUCUGCCUCCACAGGCAUCGGCAGCAUCGAGCCCGGUGAUCAGCAGGGGGAGAGGGGAGAGAAGGAAAACAGGACCACGCCCACUUCCACGGGCUCUCCAACCUGCUAUUUGGCAUGUGAAAAACCUACAACGCCCAAUAGGGCUUUCAGACAUCCAGUAAAACAGAACUCUGUGGAGAAUCAGCUAAAGAGGGUUGACGCCACACGGGUGGACGCUGAUGAUAUAAUAGAGAAAAUCCUGCAGGGCCAGGAUUUCAGCCGGGGCUUCUUGGAUUCCAGUGCAGAGGAGGAGGGGCUCAGCUUGUUUGUUGGACCCGGUGGGAGCACUGCUUUGGGAAGUCAGCACACGAGGGUCGUAACCGGAGCCUUCGAACAGGUGGUCAUCAAGCGGUAGGCUUUGGUUGGCAU